AUGCACGGAAUAAUCUCUGAUGAGAAAGCGAUGAAGGUACCAGCGAGCGAAGCAUGGAAGUUGAUCGGCACUCUCCAACUCGCCAAAUUUGUAGAAGAAUCACUACCGAAUUUCUGCAGCAAAAUCGACGUCCUAGAAGGCGAUGGUGCCGUCGGAACCAUCCUUCGCCUUUCCUUCCCUCCAGGCACAGGUGAGAGCGGAUUGGAGUGGUUGAAGGAGAAAUUCACAGUAGUAGAUAAUGAAAAACUAGUGAAGGUGACGGAGGUGGUGGAAGGCGGGUAUUUGGAUGUAGGUUUCACGCUCUACCGGUUUAAAUUGGAAGUGAUGGAAGCCGCGGAGGAGAAAGAGAAAGAGAAAGAGAAGCAUUGUAUAGUUCGAUAUACAAUAGAAUACGAGGUGAAGCAAGACGCCGCCGCCAAUGCCUCCCUCGCUUCCAUUCAACCCCUCACUGCCAUCAUGCAGCUUGCCGCUGAUUAUUUGCUCCGAAACUACAAUAAUACUAAUUAAUAACUCAACUCAACUACAUCUUUAAUAAUUUGCUUGCUCAUAUCUAGUUUUUAUGAGUUUAAUAAUGUGCUCAAAUUCUUUGUAUUGGGCUGCUUUCAUUCAUUUUCUUUUAGCUCAAUGCUGUUUAAUUUCUCUCAA